AUUCUUUAAAUGUUUGUCUACAGCUGCAUUCACGGUCAUGUGCUACAACGUUCUGUGCGACAAGUACGCCACCCGACAGCUGUACGGCUACUGUCCCUCCUGGGCCCUCAACUGGGAGUACCGGAAGAAAGGCAUCAUGGAGGAAAUCACCAGCUGCGACGCUGACAUCAUCAGCCUGCAGGAGGUGGAGACAGAGCAGUACUACACCAUGUUCCUGGAAACACUAAAGGAGCGCGGCUAUGAUGGAUACUUCUGCCCAAAGUCUCGUGCCAAACUGGUUUCUGAACAGGAGCGGAAACACGUGGACGGCUGCGCUGUGUUCUAUAAGACCGAGAAGUGAGUUCACAGAAUAUGCUUUAUUCAAUAUAUGUAUAUAAAUGGGUAGAUUUUGAUAUUCAAGAUUUCUUUCUGCGUUAAAUC